GCAUUUUCAUUUUGGCCGGGCAAAGCAACAUGGCGGGUCGAGGCGGAGUUUAUAACGACACCGCUACAAACACCACCCUGUGGGACGGUGUGAUUCCGCCGGAAUGUCGAUCAAACCCUUCGAUCCUCCGUCUCACGGCCAAACUCGAGUGGAAAGAGGCUAAAGAGCCACUCCACGUUGACAUUGAUGUUAACAAAACCAAUGGUAUUGGACCGGGAAUGUCAUUUGCAAACCGGGUGGUUAACCGGUUUGGUCAGGUGGGUUUGGUUCCGUGCUCUAUCGGUGGGACUAAACUAAGCCAAUGGCAAAAAGGUCAGUUUCUUUACGAGGAAACGGUUCGGAGGGCCAAAGCGGCGGCGGUGGCUAGUGGUGGUGGCUCGUACCAGGCGGUUUUGUGGUAUCAGGGUGAGUCCGAUACGGUUGAUAUGGUAGAUGCUUCGGUUUAUAAGAAGAGACUAGUCAAUUUUUUCAAUGAUCUUCGAAAUGAUUUACAUCAGCCAAAUCUUCCUAUUAUCCAGUGAUUCCGCAAGUGUACUAUAAUUAAGCAUGGAUUUAACU